GCGGAACCCCACUAGACCCCCAGGAAACCCAGGGCUCUGGCUGUGUCUCUCAACAUGAACACCCCACAGCCUGCGGCGGGAGGAAGGGUUUCCGAAGUCGAGAUCAUCUCCCAGCACGUAGACGAGGAGACCAAGAGCACUGCCCCUGGGCCGCUGGUGAACUUUGCCUAUCGGGACUUGCCCCUGGCCGCAGUGGACCUCUCCACCGCGGGCUCCCAGCUCCUGUCAAACCUGGACGAAGAUUACCAAAGAGAAGGGUCCACCUGGCUGAAGCCGUGCUGUGGGAAGAGGGCAGCCGUGUGGCAGGUAUUUUUGCUCAGUGCCAGUCUCAACAGUGUCCUGGCAGCCUGUGUAGUAUUGGUGGUGAUUCUCCUGACUCUGGAACUGCUAAUAGAUAUAAAGCUUCUCCAGUUUUCCAGUGCGUUCCAGUUUGCGGGGGUCAUUCACUGGAUCAGUCUGGUCAUCCUCUCCGUGUUCUUCUCGGAGACCGUUCUCCGGAUUGUGGUGCUUGGGAUCUGGGAUUACAUCGAAAACAAGAUAGAGGUGUUCGACGGGGCGGUGAUCGUCCUGUCCUUGGCCCCGAUGGUGGCGUCCACUGUGGCCAACGGGCCCCGGAGCCCCUGGGAUGCCAUCAGCCUCAUCAUCGUGCUCCGCAUCUGGCGGGUGAAGAGGGUCAUUGAUGCUUACAUCCUGCCCGUGAAGGUGGAGAUGGAGAUGGUCAUUCAGCAGUACGAGAAGGCCAAGGCCAUCCAGGACGAGCAGCUGGAGAGGCUGACGCAGAUCUGCCAGGAGCAGGGGUUCGAGAUCCGGCAGCUGCGGGCACACCUGGCACAGCAGGAACUGGACUUGGCAGCUGAACGGGAGGAGGCACUGAGGGCCCCGCAGGUGCUCCGCCAGCCUGGAAGCCGCUACCACGUGGUGGAGGAGACAACCACCGAGGGGGUCGUGGAGCAGCUGCAGCCCUUGCCAGACAUUGGAGUCCCAGAUCCAGCCGUGUGUGUGGUCACCACAGCUGCCAUAGACAUACACCAGCCCAACAUCGCCUCGGACCUCUUCUCGGUGGACGUGCCCCUGAAGCUCAGCAGCACGGGCACCUGCGUGAGCUCCACCUCUGGGAGUGUUUCCUGCUCCACUGGCAGCUCUGUUGCUGGGGCCCAGAGUGACAGCAGCCAGACACUGUGCUCCUCCAGGGACUGCAGCACCACCCGCGAGGUGUCCUCUGCGCCCAGCCCCUCUCCCCUACCACUACCACCACCUCCCCAGCAGCCAGUGGUGGAGACCACAGUCCAGGACCUGCUGUCCUCCCUGUCAGAGGACCCCUGCCCAUCCCAGACUGUCUUGGACCCAGCCCCCUUUGCCCAGCCCAGCCCAGCGGGCUCCGCUCAAACCAGCCCAGAGCUGGAGCACAGGGUAAGUCUGUGCAACCAGAAGAACCAGGAGGGCUUCGCGGCCUUUCAGAUCAAGCCUGUCAUCCACUUCGAGCCUGCCACGCCCACGCUGCAGAAGUUCAGAUCUCUGGAAUCCAAAGAGCAGACCGUGCACAGGGUCCCUGAGACCUAG